AUGUUGGAUUGUUCGGUUUGGCAUCGACUGGUAAAUCAACAAUGCUUAGCUAAUAGUCUGUCGGGUUCCAAAGUGGCUGAGAUAGGCUCUGGCGAAACCACGAUGGAAAUUAAACCAUAUCAUUCUGAAAGGUUUACUUUGUGGGACAUUCCAGGACGAAACGAUGAAAUGUCACAUCUCAGUAUGCAUUACGUCGGCUUUUGGAAGGGUUUAACUCGACGAUUAGUACUGAUUACCACGACAGUGAAAGAAAAUACGAGCACGAUGAAAUUGCUGGACGCCAUCAAUCUUCAUUAUGAUAUUGUGGUGAACAAGUUCGAUCAAGUAGAUGAAGAGGAACGAGCAAAAUUUCAGCAAUAA